AGCCCUCGGAAAUAUGGGAUGGUUGCUAAAGGAGACACGUUAAGCGUCCGUGCUGCCAGGUGGAGGCGAUGUCGCUCCUCCUCUCUUCCUCUUUCCUCUCCUCUUCCUCUGCUCUGCUCGGUCAGAGCUCUCAGUCUGCUGGGUGAGAUCAUUACCAGACACCAGGCUCCGGGACCUGACAUUCACCGUUUCGAAAAGCAGGGAGAACGAGAGGGACAGAGGGAGACCCUGAUCCGAUGCAAAAGACGAAGGAAAGCGACCUAACCCAACGUCUCCUUCCUCGGAUCCCCGGUCUCGUGAAGUGACGGCAGAAAGCGCGGUCUUGUCUCUGACAUUUUCCCGCUGGAUUUGGGCUUGUAGUCGUAUGCGGGCUUGUUUUGACUGCAGUAAUAGUCCUACUCCCCCCUCCUCCUCCUACCCCGAGUCGAGUAGCGGAUUUGCGAGGGAUCUGAGCGCUGUGCAGCUCCCCGAGUGACCAGCGAUCCUGCAGGGCACCGGAGACUCUCUGCACCUCCGCGGAUCUCCAACACGAGUCAAUCCGCCGGAGCCUCCAAAGAUCUCUUUUCUGACUGGAAUUGGACACAAGAGCCAAGUUUCCGAUUGGAUUUUUUUCCUCCUUGUACGGCUACCUUUCUCGCUCCUGUCAUCAGAUCGGCUGCAAAUCCUAUUUUCGCUUUUUUUUUCUUUUCCAAAGCCCCGUUGACGCCAUUUUCCUCGGGGUUUUCUGUCAAAAACAAUAUCUACAUAUACUGUGGCACCGUUUGACAGCUCCCCGGGAGACUGUCAUCCCAUCCGUCGCUUGUGUAAAAUGUGUCUAAAUGGAUUGUAAAUGAUCUUGAUAAAAUAUUUACACGUUAGAGCCGAGUGUGUGACAACAUUAGACAUGGAUUGUCCCUGGCUUCGCCGUGUUCCUGCGGGACAACCAACCCAACCCCAGUAGCUGAUUGACUACAACCAACCAGCCCGACUGACUAGUUUUCUCUUCCUUCCCAUUGGCUGGCUGCCACAGCUUCCCCAAACCUGAUUGGUUCAGGCGGGAGCGUGGAUGGAGCCAAGGGAUCUGGUUGGCUCGGCCCGACCCAAAGAGGCGGAGUUACAGGGAGGCAGGGUGGGUCCAAAUGAAGGGGACCAGCAAGGAGCAGGGGACAUGGGUUUGGCGCGUGGUGAUGAUGUGAUUAACGGUGGCAUCAGUGAAGGGGAGGGGCUAGAGGAGCAAGGGGAGGGGCUUCUGGAGGAGCAGGAGUUCUCCAUCAAGGAAGCAAGUUUCCAGGAAGGAAGUCUAAAGCUGAAGAUCCAGACAACCAAGCGCACCAAGAAGCCCCCCAAAAACCUUGAGAACUACAUUUGCCCACCUGAGAUCAGGAUGACCAUCAGACCCCCAGUUGGAGAGGGCAAAGGUGGGCGGCAGGGGCGGACAGGAGGCGGGGCAACAGCAGGGCGGGGCCAAAAAGAUGAAGAACGAGGACCUCCAAGAAAAAGAACUUACGAGCGCCAGUUCAGAAUGCCUGAGCAGAGAGAAGGAGGCCUGCUGCAACUACUGGGAGAUCACACUCCGCCCAAACACCAGCUCCGCAGCUCCCUCCUUCCUGCACACACACUCUCACACACACAGCAAACACAGCACGCCCACUCGCCACAAUUCCACCAACACCAAAUCAAUCAAGACUGGAUCACGUCUACGGCACCUUCUGCUUCCCCAAACAACCCUGCAGAUUCACAGACAUCCAGAGAACUGGGCCAACCUUUCUCUCGAUCAGCUACACAGAGCCCCUCACCUCAGAGAUCUCUGACUCCAGACUUGCAGCUGCCGGUAGUCACAGACGCCAGUAUUCUCAACCUGACCUCUCUUAGCAGGGGGAGGGGUCUGCAAGAGGUCAGUGAGCAGCUCUUUGGGAACAUCAAGAGGAAGUACGGCAGGAAGGACUCCCAGAGGACGCUCAGUAAUCCCAACAGUGCCGAAACACCUUGGGGACGACAGGCAGAGAAAGGAUCGGAGAGCCCGGCGGAUACAGAGGAGAGACAGAAGUACAGGCAGGAGGAGACGGCUGAGCGCUUCCAUGAAGAUAGGGAGGAAAGGAGGAAAGAGGACAGAGAGCGAGCAAAUGCCGGGAGGAGAGGAGAAGAAGAUGAGAGAGGGAUGCCUAUGUUGACAGAGGAAGGGAAAGGAAGGAAGAGGCGGAGGAGGCCCUCUUUUGACGAGCCGUUUUGUGGAGUAGAGCAAUCACAGCAACGGCAGGAGAGUACGGAGAAGCACCAGCCCGGGCCACCAGAACCCAAAGUAGCACAUAAGACAGAGACUCACAAAAAUGACUCUCGACUCACAAGCCAGGCUGAAGUCAGUAGAGAAAGAAGUGAAAAAGUAGAUAAAGGCGAUAAGAGAGAAAAGGGAGAAAGGGUUGACAGGCCAGAAAGAGGUGAAGUAGUUACAAGUGGAACUGACCCAGAGUCAAGCAGGGUGAAAAAGAACCCUGCAGGACGUCCUAGGAUCAGCACAGACGCUCUUAAACCCAGAGAACCAACCCACAAUCAUAUCAACAAGCCCAAUAUUAACAACAACCCAAGACUCCCGAGCCCAAACCCCAGCCCGAGCCCAAGGAGUAGCAUCAGUCCCAUCCCAAGUCCUAAACCCAGGCUCAACAUUAGCCCCAGUCCCAGUCCAAGCCCCAGACCACGGGCUGCCCUGAGUCCGAGCCCCAGCCACAGCACCAGCUCCACAACCAGCUCCAGACAAAGCAAGACCAAGGACAGGUGGUCCUACCUGAAAGCCAAAAGCCAUGCAAGUCUCACACCACCCCAGAGAGACAUCAGGGCUAGCCCCUCCACCUUGGCUGACCCACCCUCAGCCUUCCCCAUCACCCCCUCUAGCCCCCUCUACACCAACACCGACAGCCUGACUGUCCAUACACCCAUCAAGAGGAAACGAGGACGCCCCAAAAAACAACCACUCCUUACAGUGGAGACUAUCCAUGAGGGCACCUCAACAUCACCCCCAAGUCCGCUGGCACAGGAAGCCUCUGCAGGGCUAAUCCGAAGAAGAAAGACACACACUCUAAACACAUUAGUUCAAAUGGCCACCACUACCAGUGUUAACUCUACCAGUCUGAAACUAAAGCGCGGCAGGGGCUUUUCCAGGCCAGUGAAUAAGAAGCUAGGGAAAAUGCAAAGCAUCCUGAAUGAGAUUCUUUCAGGCUCCAAUCAGAAUGGAACUUUGGCUCUGAAGUCAUCCUCUGCCCCGGUAACCUCAGCGAUGACCGCCAUGGCAUCAACCAUCGAGGCUCGGCUGGGAAAACAGAUAAAUGUCAGUAAAAGAGGAACCAUCUACAUUGGUAAGAAGAGAGGCCGUAAACCCAGAGCAGAAACCCAAGGCUCCAUCCCCCCUAAACCCUCUAGGGACAAGCCUCUGAUGUCCAUCUCCACUUCUAGUCUCUAUGAGAGCCCUGCAGUGCCUUCCUCCACCUCAUCUCCCAACUCCACUGCUCCAUCCUUAAGAGCAAGCCACCCUGACGCCACUAUGCCCAGUCUGCAGCCUAUCUCAGCCCUGCCCUCCAAGCCGCCCGGCAGAGGCUUCCUCUCUGGAGGAUGGAAGCUGUCUCCUCCACGCCUUCUGGCUAAUUCCCCCUCCCACCUGUCGGAGGGUGCAUCAGUGAAAGAAGCAACCCUGUCCCCGAUCAGCGAGUCCCACAGUGAGGAGACUAUACCCAGUGACAGUGGGAUUGGAACAGACAACAACAGCACCUCAGACCAAACUGAGAAGGGCCCUGCCUCCAGACGCAGGUACUCAUUUGACUUAUGUGGGUAUGAGGCUGCUGAAGCAGCAGCCUUAGAAGCCUCCAAUAGGAACAACAGAGCUCGCUGCGAUCGCCAAGUGACUACUGCCGACAACUUCCUGUCACAGCAGGAAAAGAAGCAAAAACAUCAUCGGCGGAAGAGAAAGUGCCUACAAAGUCGGGAUCAUCUUCAUUUUCUCUCUGAACUGGAAGAGGUUGUGAUGAAGCUCCAGCAGCUAAGAGUGUCUCACAGACGAUUCACUUGCUAUCCCCAGCACCCGUACCCAUCAAUUUUCCGCCUCAACUUCCAUCAUUACUACCCUGUUACCUACGACUCCUACUCCUGUGACUCCAGCUCGUAUCUCCGCAGGAGUGCUGAUCUUAAGGCUAAGAGGAGACGAGGUCGUCCAGCCAAAGCCAGCGAGCCAAUCACAUCCAAGCUGCCUUUCGUUCAAGGAUACGGUUAUCCGCUGGCUGGGGGAAAUUACUAUGCAGCACCAUAUGCGAUGCCUUACGCACCUCAUCUGAGUCUGGGCUACUUCCCCCCUCCUCCCCCAUUUUACCUGCCCCAUCACUCACUAGGCCCUGCACCUCCAUCUCCCUUCAUGAGGCCAGCAGUCCCUCCACCCAAGGCUUUCCAUCCUAGUGGACACCCAAAGCUCCAGCCAGGGGCCAAGCUCCGCAGCACCAGUGCCCCCCUCCAGGCGCCCUCAGUGAGAGAGGGCCUGGGCUCCUUGGGAAGUGGCAAUGCAGGAAGUCUUGCAGGGGUUCGCCUCCAUAAGAGGAAGCACAAGCACAAACACAAGCACAAGGAUGAACCCCUCCUUUCACUGCGAGACCGCCAGGAGCUGGGCGGGCUCUUCAGUGGAGCUAAGACAAAUGCACGCCUGAGCAUGCUGAGUGACAGGAGGGACCUGGCCAAUCAGGGCUCCUCAAAGCAUCUGGAGAAGCAGAGGGGCAGUGGGAGAGCCUCAGGCCUGGGGUCCAGCUUAGGGAUGUUUGAGUCCGACCAGCUGUCCACACACUCUCUUGCUGACAACCAGUUCCUAUCCCGUCAGGUUCGACAGCCAAUUAACAGCUUCAUGAGCAGCUACAGCAACCAAUCACACCGAUCUGAGUCUGCGUCUGACCUCAUUAUGGGGUUACACGGGGAUGAUUGCAGUGGGAGGAGCAGGAAGACGAGACUCACUGAGUUUGGAGAUCAAGGCUUACUGUCAUUCCAAACUGCUCGACAAGAGCCGGGUCAAUUGGACAAGUGCUCCAAUCCCUCCCUCACUGGUGUUCCGGGUAAGCGGAGAUACAAGCGACGCGAGGUGGAGCAGAUCCAGAAGGACGUGAGGAGGAUGCAUUCUUUGAACUUUGAGCAUGUGCAGAAGAUCCUCCGUGCCAAGCGCCUGCAGCGACAAGCCAAAACAGGAAACAACGUUAUCAAAAGAAGGCCCGGACGGCCCAGAAAACAGCCCAUGGAGGAACCAGAGCCAACUGACAGGAGAGAGGAUGAUCGGGUUGACAGUCUGGCUUUGGACAUGUUGGCUGGUAGGAGAGGUGAUGGUAGGACUCUGGGGAUGCCGGUUCUGGAGAGGUGCGACAACCUGCCAGGAAGGCAGAGCCUUAGGCCCAGCUUGACCCCUGAGCCUCUGGAGUUCUCAAACCACGACUCCAUCUCAGCAACUAUUGAAACUGUAGUGCAUCAAGCGCGAUCUGUGCCUCCUCUGGCCAAGGCCGGGAAACGUAGAGGCCGGGGCCACAGCAGGGACGAGUUAUGGGCUCCCUCUAGUCUAUAGACGUGCAGGAGGGAGUGACUCGUCAACUGAAAGGGAACUGUGAUGGAGUUAUUGCUGUCUCAAGUCUAUCAGAUGCAGUGCCCUUAAAUCUGGGACUCCUUGGUGCACUUUGACUUGUGUCUCCUCUCUGCUCUGCAGAGGAGCAGGAGGAAAGAGCACCUCCUGUGUUCUCCCUCUGUUGAACCAGACAUGAGCCUUUCAAGGAUUCAUCGGACCUUAAUUUACAAUGGCACUAUAUGGUACUAUUUGAUACUGAAUCUGAUGCUAUAAAGUGUGUGGUACUUAUGAUAGUUUAGAAUAUUAUGUGAUUCUUUAUGUAUCUGAUACAGUGAUGUGUAUGGUACUUUAUGAAACUGUAUCUGAAUGUGGCUUUAGCCAUAUAUUUACCAGCAAGGGGAGGGGGGAUGGUUAAUAUUAAACUGUGCAGCUCUGCUUAUUUUUGCCUUUUUGAGGAAGCUUGUCAAAGACAUGUGGGAUAAAACAGCAGUAAAUAAGCCACCUUACCCCAUUACUUCUCCCUGUUCUCGACUCCUUUCCUUAUUUGUACCUUCCUUGUUUUCUUUUACUCUUUCCGAGGAGUAACCAAUAAUUUCUGGAAACUCCUCACCCUUCGUCCCCCUCCCUGCUCAACGUUCACCCCAAGUUUUUAGCCCUCCCUGGUGCGUACCGCUCAACUUCAUCUCCUCCCAUCUUCUCCCAGUCAUACUUUAUAUAUAUGCCAUUGCUUGUGCUCCUCCCUCAAACUUCCCCCUGCCUCAUUUAUUCUCCCCCCUGCUCAGGCCUGUCCUGAGUAGGGACAUCAAGGCAAUAUGGUGGAUAUAACUGUCCCAGAUUGUACAUAGAAACAAAAUCCACUGUCGCCUGCCUUGUUCAGUGAGAAACCAGCUCAUAGAUGUGUACUGGCACACAGUAUAUCAAAUAGAAUUGUUGUACCAUAGACAAUGAAAGUUGUGUAUUGUUUUAUAACCAAAAACAGACAUGGGUGCGACUCAAGACAAGUUUGUUUUCAGACAGAAAGAACCACAUAUAAUCAUUCAUACCCUCAUUUUUGUGUGUAUAACCAGGGGGCAUUGCAUACAGGAGGAAUAUCAGGUGUGAUUUUGGUAAACCUUAAAAUUGGUUUAAUGCACUAUGAAAAAAACCAUACACUUGCAUCAAUCAAAUGCAGCACUUACAUGCUUGUUCCAGCCUUAUGUUUUGGCCUUUGAUGGUGUGGAUAUCCAUUCCAGAGAGCAUGCAUUAUUUUAAUCAAUUUGUAUAUGCAGGCUGCGCAGCCAAAAGCGUCAAACCGAAGCCCAGGUCUGAAUCCUGAUUGGACAGUUCAGUUGAUGAGGGCUCACAAACAGUGUUUUAAAAGUGAAUCCCAUACUUUCUACUUUUCAAUCCAGAGUCUUGGAAAUAUUUUUUUGAAGGUAAAUCCAGUAUUUAGAUUUAGAAACCAAAGUCUCAGUAUUCAGUGUAAGGAUGUAUUAUUUAAAGAAUAAAUCAGAGUUUGACAAACUCCAUUGUGUUGGCACUAAAGUGAAGCAUUCCUAUAUGCACUCUAGAAUGUAGCCAUCUUGGAUUUUGUGUCAGUUUGUUAAGCCUUUGUUAAACUCUACAAUGUACGCGGCUUUGGAUAGUGGUUGGUAUUUUCUCUCAAAUAAGUAUUCAGACUAUAAGCAAUGGAUCAGUGUUUCUUUCACGACUUUAAGUUUUGUUCCAGGAGACUCUUGUCUUCUUUGGCUCGGGUGGGAUUCUCAGUUGCAGCAGUUCAACUUGUGCCUUAUGUUUCUUUCUCACACCAAUUACAUUUGACCCAAGAAAUAUCAAGUGGCAAAGAGUGCCCCAGAAAUUGACCCCAAAUAUUCAUGAUUGUGCAUAUGAUUCAUGUGUCUUAGUCAUCAGAGCCCUGACACUGCCUGUGUCCCUUCACAGCUUCCAUAGUCAGCAUACUCUAUCGCCUGGCAUCCCGUCUGUCUCCUCUUUUCCCACUAUUCUGGCCCAUUUCACUGUAACACAACUAAAAGGGCUGGACUUAUGGAUUACAUAUGAUAAAACUGAAUUAAUUACACACAUGUACAGGCCUCUGUACCACUCUACUGCAGUGGUGGAGACAGAAAGGUUGACCAUACCACGUGUGUUGCUAUCCAGAGAUAUUGAUCCUACUCAAUGUCCCAGAUACAACUGAACAUCAUUUAGUCUGACCAGUUUUUUACCAGUUAUUUACAACAUACAAUCGGGAUACAAAGGAGGAACAGAGGGGGGUGCCAUGGAAACCACAUUCUCAUACAUUGUUGUUUGCUAUGCAUCAGGCCAUGCCUGGCGAUGACCUUAAAAGGAAUUUCUGUUCUGGGUCCACCCUUCGACAAAGAGAAAUAAGUGGUCUUAUUUGCUUAAUAAAAUGAAUUCAUGUAACACGAAUUGUGAAUAAUACCAGUAAUAAUUUGUAAUAAGUUGUGCAGAAAGUGACUAUCAUUUCAUGAAAACUAUAGUUACUGCAGCGCUAUGCAGUACAGCCUUAACCAGAUGUUAACCUACAGUAUUGAAGUGUUUGUUGUAAAUAGUGUUAGUAUGUCCAUCCUGCAUGGAUACUGGUUGGGCUCUGCUAUCUGGGACUGUCUCCUUAAACCACAGUGGACCUUCUUUCCAUAAUAAGACUGCUUAAGAUCAAAAAAUGUUAAAGGAAUUUCUACAGUAAUUAUUUGUUUAACAAAUUCGGCUGUCCAUUGACGGUCCUUGCUCCAGUCCAUUAAAUUACACAGAAUGCUAAAAUGAUUAGCCUCUUCACACCAUUAAAGUUUGGAGGAUAUUAACCCCAUUGUCGUGUACCUGACCAAAAAUAGGAAUCCCUGCUGACAUGCAGCUUUUUCGCCUGCAGCCAAUCGGGGCAGUGCAGUAGCAUAAAGAGAAAGCAAGAAGGUUGUGGGUAAGCUCUCAGAGGAAAUAGCCAAAAAUACACUUGUCCUAAUGUUAGUGUGCUUAACCUUGCUUUUCUGAAAAACUGGUUGGGUCUGCAGUCUGUUGUGGUGAAGAUGAGGUCUAGACAUGUGGUUUUUAAGGUGUAGAGACUACAUGCUUGGCAGCUUACUCCUCCAUACUGUGGUCAGGCAGCGGUCUCUGGUGUAAGAGUUAAGGUGUUGACCCCAGGUGUUGUCUGUCCUGUCUGUCUCUCCUACCAGCCAAUGCUCCGGUGCCUUCUAACACUGACAAGUAUUGUCCUAAUCCAGAGCUUUCACUCUACACAGAGGCUGCAGAGGGGAUGUGGCCAUGAUAAGGGUCAGAGGUACCUGUUGUUUUACUCUGUUCAGCAGCUAAUCUGGACCAGUGACUACAGUAGGCCUCAAGUACUGAUGUGAGGGUCUUUUAUGUUGUCUUUGGUCUCAGCAUCAAGGGCAGCGCAGCAGUGUUUGACCUUCUAUCAGUGUUUGGGGUGUAUUAACUGUAAUCCACAUUUAACAUUAACUAACAUUGGAUAUAAUGGCACCUAAAAUGUUCCGACCCCUCCCCCCCACCCCAUUCCCUCUGAAGCAUACUGUGAUGAGUGUACUACACAUGGAGUGAGGGGUCACAUGAGACAGAGCCUCAUUAAUGUACAUGUCGUCAUCCUCACAGCAUACGUUACAGUUCUAAGCUAUAAUGUUAUUCAAAGCUGAAAGUGCAGAUAAAGCAUUGAGAAAACCAAUAAAUGUACUUCUUCAGAGCACAAAGUGAGCUCUUCUAACAGUGUGGGCAUAUUUUAGUUUGUAUACAUAGUGUAUUUGAACCUUUUUCUAGAGUGGGUUUCCUUUAUUUGCAUGCUCAACUUGAUUGUAUGCAUAAAUAUUUUAGACAAGCCGAAAAGUUGAAUUUCAAUUGAAUUUGGAGCAAGACUUGUACAUUGUUUGAUAUGUUUCUUUUUGUAAUGGAUUUUUUAAUUCAUGAAGCAUUUUUGUACAUUGUAUGAAUAUUAAAAACUGCAAAUAUUUGACAUAUAGAGUAAAUACUAGAUGCGCAUGCAUAUGCAUAUAUCCUUCACAGUAUGUAUGUGUAAUUGUACACAUAUAUUUUGUAUUUGCAUUUGCUGGCAUACAGAUAUAUGUCUUAAGCACAUAUAUACAUGCAAUAUAUAUGUAUAUCCAUGUCCGCUGGCAUGCUUUUGGUCAUGUUUAUCUCUCAUGAUCUUUGUAGGUUCUUUUUUUGUUUGUUUGUUUUUUUUUUAUUUCUCUUUCCUCAGAGAGAAAAGCUCAUUCUUUUGCUACCCUUCUGUUGGCUGGCAGCUUUGAGCACUUAUUAAAAAGAACUACAGUUGAAGUUGUUCCUGUUAUCCAUUGUGUGAAAUAAUAAAUGACUUUAUUGACAGCUUA